CCUGAUACUGACACACAAACAGUCACAUACACACACACACAGCACUGCUGCAGAUGGACAGAGGACAGAGGGACGGAGCUAAGAGGAACCUGUGAGUGAACAACCACCCAGAACAAAGAAAGACGGUGAAAGAAGACGAAAAGGAAGAGAAGAAGAGCAAGAGCGAGGCCAGAGAAAGAGGUGCUGUGUGCUGUGUUAGAGUGAAACCACCAACCUACCCAGCUAUCAACACUGAUCCAAGGCUGCUUCACUGAACACUUAUUUUCCCCUAAAGAAGAUCAAACCAACUCGUUUGUACAUUUUAUUGUAAAAGUAAGUUACUCAGUGGGUGAAUUUAAUAAACUCAGUCAUUAAAGUAAAGAUCGACUAAAACAAAGAAAAAAACACAUCGCCCACAGUCCAACGAUGCCUCCCAAGAAGAAGGCCUCCCGUCCGAAGAAGGCUGCCGUGGAAACCAUCUCUCAGGUCGCCAUGGAGGCUGUUUCAGCCACCUUGAAAGUGGAGAACCGUGGCGACGGUGUUGUGGUGAUGGAGAGCGGGGUGAAGAAGAUUGAGCAGAUGGCAGCUCUGGACAUCGCUCAGCUGAACAGCCUCAACCUACCCCUGCCGCCGCCCGUCAUCAAGCCCGGAGAGAGAGGCCUCGGCCUGGGCAGCGAGCUCACGCGACCCCUGCACGGCAACGCCCUGCUGGAGGAGCUCAGCAAGAUGCGCCAGGAGAAGUUCCUGACUGAUCUGGAGUUGGCUUGUAAGACAAAAGCCUUUGAUGUCCACAAACUGGUGAUCUCCUCAGUCAGUCAGUACUUCAGGGAGAUUCUGGCCAAAGACCCCAGCAUGAAGCGCCUCGAGCUCCCCUCCCUUUCGCCUCUUGGUCUGGCCAAUGUCAUCACCUUCGCCUACCUGGGUCGCGUCCACAUGUCCCUGUACACCAUCAGCUGCACCGUGUCCGCCGCCGCCACCCUGCAGAUCCCGCAGCUCCUCAAGAUGUGCGUGGACUUCCUGCUGGCCGAGCUCAACGUGCAGACCUGUGUCUACAUCUGGAACAUCGCCGCCGCCUACGCCCUCCUGCCUGUGUGCGACGCCGCCCGCCGCUUUGUGCUGGAGAACUUUGUGCAGUUUGCAGAGACACCGCUCUUCAACCAGCUGACCCUGGAGCAGAUCUCGGCCUUCCUGCAGGACGACUCACUGCUGCUGCCUUCAGAGGUCACCGCCUUCAAGCUCGCCAUGAAGUGGCUCGACUUUGACGCCUCCCGUCAGGUUCACGCCGGAGAGCUUCUGUCGCAAGUUCGCUUUGAGACCAUCCCGGCCAGCGAGCUGGUGAGCCAGAUCCAGCCUGUGCCGCGCAUGAUGCAGGACCCCCAGUGUCACCGCCUGCUGGUGGACGCCAUGAACUACCACCUCCUGCCCUACCAGCAAAACACCCUGCAGUCCCGACGCACGCGAGUCCGCGCCGGGCAUCAGACUCUGCUCAUCGUCGGAGGGCGUCCGUCUCUCACCGAGAGAGCUCUGAGCCGAGAGGUGCUGUGGAGGGACCCUCGUGACGGAGGAGCCACCUGGCGUCACCUCACCCAGCUGCCAGCAAAGAGCUUCAACCAGUGCGUGGCUGUGAUGGAUGGUUUUCUGUAUGUGGCGGGAGGAGAGGACCAGAACGACGCCCGAAACCAGGCGAAACACGCCGUCAGCACCCUCAGCAGAUAUGACCCUCGCUUCAACACCUGGCUCCACCUGGCCAGCAUGCGUCAGCGCCGCACACACUUCUCCCUGGCUGCCAGCGGCGGUCGACUGUUCGCCAUUGGCGGGCGCAACGUGGAAGGUCUCCUGGCCACCAGCGAGAGCUACCUGCCCUCCUCCAACACCUGGCAGAUGCGUGCCCCCAUGGAGAUGCCCCGCUGCUGCCACGCCAGCGCCACUCUGCCCUCCGGAGACAUCCUGGUGACCGGUGGCUACAUCAACUGCGCCUACUCCCGCUCUGUGGCGUGCUACAACGUGGAGACCGACACCUGGUCCGAGAAGCCUCCCAUGGAGACGCCCCGCGGCUGGCACUGCUCCGCCACCGUUGGAGGGAAGGUGUACGUGGUGGGAGGAAGCCAGCUGGGGCCCGGUGGAGAGCGGGUGGAUGUGCUGUCAAUGGAGGUCUACUCUCCUGAGAGUGGAUCAUGGAGCCGGGCCGCCCCGCUGCCUCUUGGUGUGAGCACUGCAGGUCUGUCCUCGCUGGCAGAAAAGCUGUACCUGCUGGGCGGCUGGAAUGAAGCGGAGAAACGCUACAAGGCUGCCGUGCAGAAAUACGACCCGGCCACAGACAGCUGGUCUAUGGCCGAGGAUCUUCCCGAGCCCACGGUUGGAGUCUCCUGUUGCACCCUGACGCUCCCGCAUCGCCAAACACCGCGCCGGCAGCACCGCAACACCCCAGGCAACGAAGACCAGCAGCAGGUUGCCAAGAACCGAAGUAGAGAGAGCAGCAUGUCUUCAUCACAGAGCACCACCGCAUAGGAACACCGAGGAGGAGAGAGACCAGAGGAGAGCAGAGGGGGUCAACCUCAGGACAACAUCUGGAUCAUGUCUGAUGUCUUUUCUGAAAAGUUUAGUAAACGUCACAAUUUAAGAACAAAACAGAUAAACUUAAAGGUACAUGUUGUAAAUUUCUACAUUUUAAAAAAGUUCCAAACCUUUUUGAAAAACGAUCUAAAGUUCUGAAAAGCUGCUAUGACUUUAUGUCCAAAGCAUCUGUGUUCUGUGUGUAAGAGGCAAACUAGGGCCGGGCCAGAUUUUUGUGUAAUAACACGAUAUGUUGCAGCAAGUCAGCGUAGCUUAACCAGCCACUAAUUUAAUAAAUUUAAAGGUAUUUACUGUGGCUGUCAGGAAAAAGGCAAAGCCUGUCGAGGAAAUAGGGGUAGAUCAAAAGAAAGAUCAAAAGUAAAACAUCUCAAUUAAAAUCUCAACAAACAUCAGUAGAGUGCUGCCCCCUGCUGGUGACAGGUUUAAUUAAAGGGUAAUUACAAAAAAUACCUUUAAACUGCCGCAAGUGCUGAGUAAAUGACAAAAUAAAUGUAAACAUCUGAGAAAACAUUUACUCAAACACUCAAAUGUGAAUGUAGACAUGGUAAAGUCACACUUAUCAUGCAUAUUAAGUUCAUAUUAACAGAAGUGAGCAUACUCAGCAAACAUUAUUAAAACAGCUAUGGUGACAUUGCUUUCAGGUACGACAGAGGCCACAGACCGUCGAGGAGUUAAAUACACCUGUCUUUGGUUUUUUGUUUUUUAUAUAAUGACGUCUGAUCGACAGUCGCACAUCUUCCCCAUGUUCACACACUGGUGCUCCCACAGUUUGAGCCAUCACCAUUCAUCUGCAUGUCAACUUAUAUCUGAUCUGAUUAAGGUGAACUAAAAGUGUCUCUGCACCGACGUCAGCGUUUCCUGUGAUGGACGUUCAGUAAGAAAUGGGCUCCAGAGUGUUUCACUUCGUUCAAAUCGACAAUCUGACUGAAGAUUUAAACAUUUAAACUUGCAAUUAUAGGCAGCUAACAUGAAAACAUGCAAUAUCCAGUACAAGUGACAGGGCAUGUAUGUAAGAAUAAGAAGAUGAAAUACUUUAUUUAUCCAAAAAGUAGUGAAAUACAAACAAAACACAAAAAAAGAUAAGAUCACGGGCUCAGACGCUAUAAUCUAUUUUAUUGUUUUAAAAAUUGUAAGCUGAUUGAUUUGAAACUCAGGUUCAAAGUUCCAGUCUUGUAUUUGUCCAAUUUAACGUCUUCAAAGACACAUUUCUGUCCACGUGCGUGUGUCCUCCAUUUUUAUGAAGUUAGAAUCUGAGCCUUACUGAUGAUGCAAACAACCACAGCACCUGAGCUGUUUUAAAAAGAAUAAAUAGGAGACUGCAUGGUCCAAAGGAGGUUUAAGGUGGAUUGGAAACAGAAAAGGUAACGGAUGGAUGGGAAGGUGGAGCCGGUGGAGGAAGAGAGGCGACAGGUGGAUGAUGAAGGACGGAUAGAUGGAAAAAAGGUUAUCUGUGUCUGGGGUGGUUUGAUCAAACGUCGCUGUGAAUCCGCAGGUUGUGCACCAAGAUGUUUCUAAGCCAGCGCGUGGCUGUCAAAACAAGUGUGAAUGUGUGUGUGAGCGUGAGAGAGUGAUGGCAGGAGUGUGUGUCUGCUACAGCGAGAGAAAAAAAAACUGACAAAAACUGCAAAAAAUAUGACGAUUUAUCAUCAGGAAACUUGAAAUACUCAAGAUCAACUCAAGAAAACCAGCAACAAACGAUUAUGUAGUCAAGGAUUUAUUUAUUUAAUAUUUAAUUUUAAGUAGUGUAGCUUAAACGUAACAAAAAAGACAAAAAAUAUGCAGAUGCAGUGCCUGGAAAAAUAUAUAAAAAAAUAAAAAAGGUUAAGCAACUUGGCUUCAACACUAAACAAUUAAGUUUCCCCAAAACAUAAAAAAAAGCAUAAAAAUCUGAAUAAAAGGAUAAAAAUAUACAAAUAAAGAAUUAAGUGGUGUCACGGCUCACCUGUUUUAACUGAAACUAAGACAAACUGCAGAACCAGUGAGACUCCAGCAGCUGUGGAGCACUUUCACAGAUAAAUACUCUGCAUCCGGCACUUUAUCUGAUUGGCUGAAGAUGUGUUUGGGUGGUUUCUGUGGAGUUUCACUGAAUAAAGACAAUCUGAUCAAAACAA